GAUAGUGGGAUGUCUCCCCAGGCCCAACGGCACGUUGGCCGCUGGGCUGCUUUCACUCCUCUGCAUUAUCUCAGUGCUCUUAUUUGAGGUUGAUUUAGUCUCUCACUUUUUAAGUAUUUACUUACACAAGUACGUGACAUUGUGUAUGGCCCCGGACCGGCCCGGUCUGCAGAGUGGACUCACCGAUAGUGGACAUCUCUGCAUGGUUUGGCCAAUAGACCCAGUUCGAUUCCUUCUCAUGAAUAACUCCACGAUGGAAUCAGCUACGGGAAACUUCCAAAAGAGGGAAUUCCCAAAGAGGGAAUGCUGACACAAGAAAAAAGAUGUCAGAGGAUUUUCAAAGGAGGUGACACAGACCUUCACGUCGUUGGCACAUACUGGAUCUCUCCAGAUGGAACUGAUUGAUCUGCAAGCAAAUGUUGCACUAAGAGAGCAUUUUUGGGUAAGUAACCAUGCCACUUUCUGGCUACAGACAGUGCCUGAGUUCCUGGUCUAACGAAAGUAGCACUGUACACCUUGACCAUGUUUGGCUCCACGUAUAGCUAUGAGACAGCUUUCUCCACUAUGAACAUAAUAAAAGAAAAAGUACCGUUCUAGACUCACCAAUGAGCACCUACAUAUGUGCAUGAGAAUGGCACUGACUCCAUUCCAGCCAAGUUACUGGCAGGGCAAGCAAAAGCCAAUUUCUCUCACUAAAAAUAUGUGAGAUGGAGAAGUGGGAGAGAGUGGGAAAGAUGGUCAUUAAACCUGUGUUAUAAUGUUCAUAUUUGUUCAAAAAUCAAAGCACUUUGUUUAAAAAACAUACACUUUCAAGUUAUGUUUUCGUUUUGUGUUAAAAUUGUGAUAAAGGCCUACUGUUAUUCAUGAUAAGGCUGCUUAUUUAUUUUAGUUCAUGUUUAAUGUGUCUGUAUUGAAAAUGUGCCAUAAAUAUUGUUGACAUUUUAUUGUAAUGUACUACUUUAUUUAUUACAUACAAUAACGACACAUACCCCUGAAUCAUAGCACAAGUUAGACAUUUGAAUGGUCCGGACCUUUGCUGGAGCGGAAAUUUGAGUCACUGGACCUCUUUGAAUUCUAAUUGGGUGCCCCUGUUCUAUACCAUUUUCGAUAUCAGGGGAAAACAGUUACUUUCAGAAAAGAACGUACCCAAAGUAAAUAGAGUAUAUCUCCACAACUACAAGGGCUAUGGUGCCAAUAGAAAGAUUGUUGUGCAAGUGAAAUAUUCAAUGUGAAGUCAACUUGGAAAAUCCCCGCUGGAUAUGAAGGGAAGUCAACUUGGAAAAUCCCCGCUGGAUAUGAAGGGGUUAAUAUGCAGCGCCGACGGACAGCUGGGGGAAUCCCUCCUCAGAGCGUUACCGCGUCAGAGCGUUACCGCGUCAUUGCGUCACGUUACCGCGUCAUUGCGUCACCUUACCGGAAAGGACAGAAAGGGGAAGAGAGACUCUUUCAGGAAACGCCAGUUGCAAACAAAUCAGACAACGUUCUGUCCAGCAGCAGCAAAGCUGCGCUAGAAAACGUGGAAAAAGCAGCGCUGGUACAGCCAUAAAAAGCCUGGAGAAACGGCCGGUAAGAGAAAGAUUUUAUUAGUGUAAGGAUUGUAAAGUUGCGCAACCGCUUGUAGCGCACGUUAAAACGUGCGUUUACGCAUGGACAAUUGUUUGGUGUUUGAUGCCACAUGAUUGUUUGACUGCAAAUUGUUUGAAAACAAGUGGGGUUUAUUUUGAUCUGUAGAUUGAUAGAAAUGAUCUGAAUACUGCUAAAGUUAUUUCUAUUUGACUUUAUUGAUCUAUUUAUAUUUACAUUUCAAAUGAGUGAUUAUCUAUAUAUAUAAAGAAAAACCAGUUAAGAUGAAUUUGUGCAUUUAAAAAUGAAUUGAUAUUUAAAGCAGUUAAAAAUGGUUUCAUAUAUUUAAAACAGAAUUCAUGAAAAUAUGCUUAGACAUUAAAAACUAUUAAUAAUAUUUAUAUUUAUAUUUAUAUAUUUAUAUUUAUAAGUAUUUAAAUGCAUAUAUGAAAAACAUGUUUGUAUUUACUAUUUCAUUCUGCACUGCAUUUACUGUAGUUAUUUUUGGUUUCUUUAAAGGUUUUUUACCUUGCAGUAUACCUAGCAGUUUACCACUUGCAACCCACUUACAACUGUACCCACAAUACCUAUCUGCUACAACUUACCUGUACCUGUGAAAAUACAAAAAGAAAAGUAAAGAGGAGUUAAAGAAGGAAAACGGUGUGGUCAUUGCAUGAGUGGAACCCAGUUAAACCUCCUAUGGUCUGUACCAAUCCCUUUCAAGCAGGGAAGCUGCACAAACACCCCAAGAGCUUGACAGUAAAAAACCGCUGGAAGCUGGAACAGUGAGACAGUAAAAAAAACGGGACUGUAAGCUGGAACAGUGAAAACAGUGACCUGGAAAAAAUAAAAGCACCCUGCAAACAGCAGGUGGACCCAAAACAUCCAACAUGGCUGAAACCAUUGAGCAGCUCAAAAGUGAGCGGACAGUAGCCAAACGAUCCUUCACACGACUAAGGAACAAUAUCAUCAGAACUCACGACAGCAUGUCAGAAGACCAGCUCCGAGAUAGCUUCAGUAAAAUCACCAUUGCAGCCGAGAAAGUCAUGGAAACCAAUGACGAAGUCAUGGCAGGUGUCAUUGAAGAAGAGGAGGCAAAGCUGGAUGAAGGAGGAUCAGUUAAGCUGACCGAACAGCAAAGCGCUGACAUAGCUAAGACCAUCAGUGAAGGUAAUCAGAAGCUGAAGGAAGUUGAAAAGCUACAUGGAAAAGCACUCUGGACAAAGUUUGGAGAUGAACUGCGCACAGCUGUAGAACUAGCAGAAGCUGAAGCUGAUCGUGUUGGAAGAGUACAUACCGACAGCAACCUUGACGCCUAUGAAUUUAGGCUCACUCACCUGAAAACACUUGUGGUUUCCGCAAAGAAAGCGCACUGCAAAUGGCAGCAGUGGGUUCCGGUGGAAGACCAACGAGAGUUCCGUGGUCAGCUGAAAGAGCUGGAACACCAGUCAACCAGGCUGGUCUCUAGAAAGGCUGACUUCAUAAUGGCAAACCUACCGGAAAACACAACUAACACUGCCAGCAAUCACAACUUUACUCCAACCAUUAAGCUGAAACCCACAGCUCUCCCGAGAUUCUCUGGCUACAAGCGUGAUUUUCACAGGUGGAGAAGGGACUGGGAGUCGCUCCAAAAGCCGGGAGAAGUAACCGGCUCCAAAGAAGUGAAAAAGAUACAGUUACUCGACAGUCUCGAUGACGAGUUCAAAAAAGACUUUCGCCUGACCACCUAUAACACUGCAGAUGACAUUCUCCGCGUCUUGGAGAACCGCUAUGGAAAUCGAACGGCUAUCGCCAUUGAAAUAGUGGAAGACCUACAGAAGAUGCCAUCUGUCAAAAGUAGUCAACCAUGGAAAAUUGUGGAGUUGAUUCAAGCCGUGGAGAAAGCACUCGGGGACCUGAGUGACCUCGGAGACACAGGCGCCAUAAAGAAUCCCCUUGUAACAAAAUCAAUCGAGAGUAAACUCCCUGAAUCCCUCAAAAAAGAGUGGCUUGUCUAUGUAGCCGAUCCAAAUAAUGGAGUAACGCCAGACAAACGGUUUGAUCAUCUCUUGGCAUUCCUCCAGAAGCAAGAAGCUAUCUAUGUGGAGCUUGAGCAGCUACGAGAUGAGGAGCCAAGUAAGCCAAGUUGGAGAGACAACAGGAUUGAGCAGAAAAGUGCAAGAACCAAGUCUACAAAGUCAGCUGAUGACCAAGGCUGUGUAGUCUGUGGUGAUGCCAAACACUAGAGAAAACUCUACUUCUGCAAGCAAUUCAAGGCUCUGACUGCAGCCGAAAGGAAGUCUUCAGUAAAGAAGUUGGGAGCGUGUACAAGAUGCCUUGAGGUUCACGAUGACCGGUCAUCCUGCAAACCUGGCUUUCUAUGCAAAAAUCAAGACUGCAGAGAAGAACAGGCUGAGCAUCACUUCUACCUCUGUCCUAAAUCUAUGUCAAAGAAGUCUGACAAGUCGGAAAAGGAUAAAGGCAGAAGGAAGUACACAGAGGGUCAAGAGGAUUUCAUCAAAAAUCUCCCACCCGACCUAGCAAGGCAGUUCAGGGAGGUCUUCUCAAACGUUGCCUCCAGAGUCUUCACAACUUCAAAUGACCAGCAAGGUCUACUUGAAAAAAGCGGGAUGCAGGAGCUUCCAGUGAUCAUGAUGCUACUCGUCGUCACAGCUAACGCCGGAGAGAAAGUCGGAACACUCAUCGACUUAGCAUCUGACACCAAUUACAUCACUCACAGAGCAGCAAGCCGUCUGAAUCUGAAGAGUGAAGACAUCAUACUCAUUGUCCAUGGAGUAGCCGGAAUGAAGGUCCAAGUAAAGACAAAGCGCUAUCUCCUCAAAAUCCGUGUAUCCACUUCCAAGGACACACUGAGAGCACAUCAAUUGGUUUGCUAUGGGCUUGAGAACAUCGCAGAUGUCCACAAAAGUGUAACACCUGGACAACUGCAGCCAUUCUUCCCAGAUGUACCUCUUGAUGAGCUUGUGAGGCCCAAAGAGGUGGAGCUUCUCAUUAGCCACAGAGAAGGCCGGCUAGCUCCACAGAGAGUCAAAGUUGUGGGGGACCUUGUACUGUGGGAUGGACCCCUCGGGAAAACGGUUGGAGGAACCCACCCCAAACUGUUCGAGGAGGUUGAAGUGUCAGCCCACAUGUCAAAGACGCAUUUUGCAAGAUCAAUGAGAGCGGCAGCUGUGAAAUAUGAAGAGCUCACGUACAGUCCAGAACAGAACAUCUCAAACAAAGAAGUAUUCGAAAUACAAGGAUCAACCGCUUCAACCAGCAAACAAAGCUUCCUGGAGUGGUGGCACUGGGAUAGCAUUGGCGCCGCAUGCGAGCCCAGAUGCGGCGGCUUCCGUUGCGGAAAUUGCCAGCCCGGUGGCAAAGAAAUGACCCUUGCAGAAGAAAGGGAGCUUGAGGUAGUAAAAGAAGGACUCACGUAUGUCAUGAGCGAUGAUCACAGCAGACAACCACAUUGGCACGCAAAGUAUCCCUGGCUAGAGGAUCCAGCCUCACUGCCGAACAACAGAGGAGCAGUGGAAGCAACAUUCCUGAGGACAGAGAAGCAGCUAGCCAAAGCACCAGAGUGGAAGUCUGCUUACAAAGCUCAGGUGCAUGACAUGGUGGAAAGAGGAGCUGCAGUCAAGUUGACUGAAGAACAGGUCAUUACCUGGAAGGGACCAGUAUGGUUUGUAAGUCACCUUAUAGCACCAAACCCACACUCUGUAACAACCCCGGUAAGACUCGUCUGGAAUAGCAGUCAAAAGUUCAAAGGAACCAGCAUGAACGACCUACUGAUGAAGGGGCCAGACGUCCUCAACCAGAUACGUGCUGUCCGCCUGAGGUUCAGAGGGGGAACCAACGCUGCCUUAGGGGACAUCACAACAAUGUACAACUCAUUAUGGUUGGCAGACCAUGAGAUGCACCUCCACAGGUUCCUCUGGCGAGACUCAGAAGAGGAGGAGAUGGAGGAGUACGCUAUCACCAGAGUCAACAUUGGUGAUAAACCGGCAGGCUGCAUUGCACAGCUCGCAAUGCGAGAAACAGCCAACCUACCUUCCUUUGCCCACCUCGAAGAGGAGCGAGGAAUACUUCAUAAUGACAGCUAUGUCGACGACAUCCUAACAUCUCACAAUGACCUUGAGAAACUGAAAACCAUCACAGCGAAUGUGGAGCUAAUCCUGAAAGCUGGAGGUUUCCUGUUGAAGCCUUGGGUCUUCUCAGGCCAAAGUGGGAGGAAGGUGAAAGACGAUGCGAGCAAGACCAAAGGUAACAACAUGGUUCUCCCGAAUCAAAUGAGGGAUGACGAGAACAAAGCACUUGGUCUAGGUUACCUCGUGGAAGAGGAUAAGCUCCAUGUCAUGUCAUCCAUAAACUUCUCAAAGAGAAAGCAGAAGAUGCGACUUGGCCAAGACCUUCUACUAGACCAAGUAAGAGCGCAGACCCCCAACCCUUUGACAAGAAGGGACCUCCUGAGUCAAGUCUCAGGGUUAUAUGAUCCAGUUGGCCUGGUGACUCCUGCCAAGCAAAAGGGUGCCAUCCUUGUGCGGAGAGCAUUCCAGGAGGCAAAGAGUGUCAACUGCCCUGUCAAAGACACCUGGGACACAGCAUUGUCAGACAGCCUCAGAGAAGAUGCAGUCCGGCUCUUCGAAGAGUAUGUGCAACUCGGGUGGAUUACAUUCACCAGGGCCAUAAUGCCUCCAAGCUUCAGUGGAGAACCUUGGGCAAUAACAUUCUCAGAUGGAAGCGAGCAGGCCUACGGCGCAGUGAUGUACCUCCGGUGGAACACUGAGCAGGGCCCAGUCGUCACUCUAGUGGAGUCCAAGGCAAAGCUAACUCCUUUAGACCACAAAGGUGAUGCUGUCAAAGCAGAGAUGUGCGGAGCAGUGUUUGCCUCACGGCUCAAAAAGUACUUCGAACAGCACAGCAAGAUCCGAGUCGACAAGUGGUUCCAUAUCAUUGACAGCCAAACAGUUCUCGGUGCAAUCCAAAGGGUUACUAUGGUUACCAAACCUUCUUUGCAAACAGGAUCGGCGAGAUCCAGAACACAACAGCAAUCCGAGAUUGGUGGUGGAUUCCUGGUCCUCUCAAUAUUGCUGAUAUCAUAACCAGAGGGGCCAGUCCUCAAGACCUGGAUGAAAGUUCAGAAUGGCAGAACGGACCAGCAUUCUUGAAGCUACCAGUGGAUGAGUGGCCAGUUAAAUCUGCCAAAGAGUUGGUGAUGGCUGCCAGAGACGGUGUCAACAGAUUACAGAAGAAAGCCUUUGUUGCUGCACUGACCCGAGCACAAGCCAAGGCACAACUGCUGCCGGAUCCAAAGGAUACUGACACGCAGAAGCCUUCUGAACUAAAGCAAGACCAGGAACCAACUCAGACCCAAACACAACCAAAGAGGCCACCAGCAGGAUCAACUGUCCAAGAACUGGUGGAUGUCAAGCGGUUCAGUAACCUAAGCCGACUUGUCAAAACAGUCGCCUGGAUCCGGAGAGCAGCAAGGAUGUUCAUGAAAGGGAACAAGCGAACUGCAAACAAUCCAAAGUGGGAGGCAGUGUCGUUUUCAAAAGUCAUCUCAGUGACGGAGAGGGAAGACGCCCUAAAAGACAUCUUCCUUGCGGCACAGCAAAGUGCAUUCUUCCCAAGCACAACCACAGACAGGCUGGUGGUGUACAGAGACCAAGGGACUGGAUUGUUGGUCUGUGGGGGUCGUGUGCAGAUCUUCAAUGAAGAUAAAGUUGCUGUCCCCAUCUUGCCUUACGAAGCCUGGGUGUCGACACUGUUAGCACGAGAAGCCCACGAGGAGAACCACGAUGGAGUGGCCGGGACUUGGUUGGUGGAUAAUACUUGGUUAAAGUGAAUAAGGCCAUGGAACACAGCAUAAGUGGAAGAUAACAUUUCCACCUGAAAUAAUUAUCAGUUGGUCGCUAUCAGUUGGUAGCACUGUCUUACUAUUUAAAGUUCAGGGCAAAUAUAAUCGAAUGACUAAGUGAAUAAGGCCAUGGAACACAGCAUAAGUGGAAGAUAACAUUUCCACCUGAAAUAAUUAUCAGUUGGUCGCUAUCAGUUGGUAGCACUGUCUUACUAUUUAAAGUUCAGGGCAAAUAUAAUCGAAUGACACCAAGCCAUACACUUGCAAACACACAUAUUGCCACUAGAUUGCGCUAAAGAACAUGUGUUAUGAUUGAUGGCAAUUUACCUUUUCUUACCAUUUACCUCUUAAGGUGCGGCCACACUGAACGCGUUAUGUGCUAGAUUACGCGAGUAACGUGCAAAACCUGACGCUUGAUCAUUGUGUGUCAGAAAAAUGGUUCAAUGCGCCUAACGCCCCUACGCAACUAGAUGAGCCCGCCCAGCGGAGGUGUCUUGCUUCACCCUGAAAGGUCUUAUUUCUUUAAUGACCGGCGACGUUUUAUACAUUAUCCCGCUUAUUACACGAUACAAUAACUUCACAUGGUGUGUCUUUUUACAAUUUAUUCGUUACCAGCAUUCGUAGUGUUGAUUAGCAGAGAAAUAGUCUGCCAAAGACGUUGACGUUGCUUAGCAACCGAAGACGCUGGGGUUGACAAUUAAGUUACCGGACUACUACCCAUGCAAGUGAACGGAGCGUUCCACGGAAUUGUAAGGACCUGUGUAAUAUUUCUGUUUAUGGUAUAGAUUUCUCCUCAGAUUAGGCCAAUAAAGCAAUGAUUUAAAAAAUAAAACACAAACGCUCGAUCAAAGGCCCGGCCCGACCCGGCCCGAAGAUGGUGGUGGGAAAUAUCGGCCCGACCCUGCCCACGGGACUGCUCGGGCUCGUGCUCGGGCAGAGAAUCUAAACUCUAGUGCAUGACAUCCUCCGUAGGCGCUAACAGCUGGGUGAGUUUCACCACCUCCUCAUCGUUUCAGCACACACUGAAUCGAUGACUUGGUCGUCCAUGUUCUUUCUGCUUCUGUGCGUCCUCCGUCUCUCUCUCUGCCAGUGACAUCGGGUCAAGCGUGUAACGCAUCUACGCGCCUAAACCAAUCAUUGAUUGUAAACACCAUGUUUAUUAGCAUAAUUUGGCCCAGACACUGGAUUAUCUGUUUAUGGUGGUUCUAUGCGAUCAGAAUCAACUUUGUGGAAAAAAGGCACAAAAGUAAAACUUCAUUUUUAGCUGAUAAAAGAAAAGGGGAUGUUUCUUCUCAAGUUGUUAUUUGCGAGUUUUAGUCACAGAGUGAUAUGGUUUGGACUGUCGGAAUAAGUUGAGGCUCAGCUUACAUAUAAUAUAUAGUUUUUGCAGGUCCAAUUUCGUGAGAAAGAUCGCUAUUGCUGCGCAUGUGCAAGUUAUGAAACCCAAAACCGUGUUCUUGCAUAUUACUUUCCUUGGUAAUUUACCUCAAUCAAAAGAACUUCCAAACCGGACUCCUCCAUCACUACUCUAAUUUCCUUCUCUACCUAAACCGGUCGUGGAGGCGCUCCAUUCGUGAUGCUAGCUGUGUUGGCUAACCUUUAGCUAACACUGUUGAAUCACUGCCAGAGACCGCACUGCGAGUGAGUGACAGAAGUCGGGCCUAUAUUCGCGCUCAAGCGAUGUGUGUCUGUUAACUCGCUGUCCGCGAGAAAAGAAGUCAGCGCGCUGAUCAAUUGCAAAUACAUAUAUUUUGUGUGAUUUUGUGGAACAUGAGGUUGUUCUGUGUACCACGCCCACUUGGCCACGCCCACUUGACGGUCUCUACCUGUGCACACGAGGCGAAGAGCUUCAGAGAUUUUCAGCGACACCCGCGAGGGGGCAUGGGCCUUAGCCCAUGGCCCGUAGUAGCCAGAGUUAUUAUCUCUCACACGUGUUCGACACGAUUCCUAGACUUUAUAAUAAAUAGCCUUUAUAUUAACAUCUACCCAGAAACCAGAAAUCAAUCUAGCGGGCAACCGUUAGUGUCAACCCCUUAUCGUUUACUCGCAAACCUCUAAUGUAAAUGAGUGUUACGUAUUUUAAGAAUCUAAGCUACCCACACAUAGACCCAAUGAAGCAGGACCAAACAUAUAAGCCGUAAAUACUAUACAUAGCCACAAGGGGAGCAAGACCUUAUUGAAGGCUGCUCCAGCCACAGAUAGCAACACCUUUAGACAGAUGAAGAAGCCGAAGCCAUUACUUCACCCCGGCCACGCCCACUUGGCCACGCCCACUUGACGGUCUCUACCUGUGCACACGAGGCGAAGAGCUUCAGAGUUUUUCAGCGACACCCGCGAGGGGGCAUGGGCCUUAGCCCAUGGCCCGUAGUAGCCAGAGUUAUUAUCUCUCACACGUGUUCGACACGAUUCCUAGACUUUCGUUCAAUAGUCAGUUACCAUGCCGAAACAUGCCUACUUAAACAAUAAACCGGAUUUGAACCCUUUCCUUGAAGAACUCGGCAUGAGUUACAAGGGAUUUACAUAUUUUUGGUUGCAAAAUCAACCUAUAAGCUGCAUCACAAAAAAAUAAGCCGUAGCAACAGUUUUGUUUCUUAAAAUUGGACACAAGCUGCAGUUUUAUUGUCAAAAAACAAGUUACAUAUUUAUUUGUCUAUGAUAUAUAGAGAGCCUCAUUCUUUGAUAGGAAAACGGCUGAAUUGGUUUGUUUUUGUUUUAUAUAUCCUGACUUGACACUCAAUGGUUAUCUUUGGGUUACAAAUACGUCCUUGAACUUCUGUACAGCGGCAUAUCACUGCCAAAAAAUAGCAAUGCUAUAACUGACGCCCCCGCGCACUAACAUGUUUUGCUUCUCCAGCACAGCACACCUCAGACGGUUAUCAAAACAUAUUCAUACUUAGGAUCAUCACAGUGAAUCAUAGCCAGCCAUGAAGAUUGGUGUUACUUGAGGAUAUAGAAUAUCAACAGACCAGGACAUAUUAAUGUUAAAUACUGCAUUGCCUCGCUUGUUUAACGUAGUUAUUUGGUGAUGAUAGGACAGCGAUCGUCUAAUGAAGUCUUGGUGCUGUUGUGUUGCGGAAUUUGUGUAUCUGUAUUUAUAUCUAAUAGUAAAAACGAAAUAGAAAAAUCUAUUUCUCAAAGCCCUUAUUGCUGGCGACAUUUGGCAGUGAUAUGCCGCCACAGUUAUGUUUCUUCAAAGUAAGGUCCUAUCAUUCCCCUUCUGCAAUUAAAGGGCCCGGUUGUAACACAUGACUCUGAAAAAAGGUUGUUCACCUUUAUGGGUAUUGUAGUCCGUACCAAAAUAUGUACUUGACCGUAUCGGUUGAGUUUCCAGAAGAAACGUUGAUAUUUACGAGGGAGUCACAUGUUUCUAUAAAUGUGUGUGUGCAUGUGCGUGUGCGAAUGAGGGUGAGAGUGUAAGUGUGUGUGUGUGUGUGUGGGUGUAUAAAGCAUGUGAUUCAGUUCAGCGAGUAGGGUGUGGAAUGCAUGAUGCAGCUCAGUUUACUAGUCACAUACUGGCUGGGCAACACGGCCCUAAAGCAGAGCUGAGAUCAGAUCAGAAGAGAACGGACUCCAUUCAUUUUCACAAUCAGAAGUAGCUGAAUGGACGUCACAUCGCAUGCUAAUGCUGUGUCUUACAAACUCGAUGACUACUGAUCAUAGCAGGGUCUUGAAGGGUCUUCCCACUUCAUAGGGGAAGGGAUCAACCACUACCGCUUGUACCUUCACUUCGAAGGGCAAGUCGAAAAGCAAGGGCCACUUGAAAAAGAGGUGAGGGGUUAAAAUAAAAAUGGGAUUGGCUCUCUGUCUUUAGGGGAUAAACUGUGUCCUGGUCACUAAAGAUCUAAUGGCCCUCGUCCUUAGAUGAGGGGGGCUGACCCCGGUGACUUAGCUCCGUGCCAACAUGACCACCUCCUCAUCCCCUGGUCUCCGGACCGUUUUCUCCUCACUGAGAUUGCCUCCCAGCCUCGCAUCACCCAGGUGGGUUCUACACACUGGUGUUGAAUGAGUCGUCGUUCCCAACGCACACACACUAAGCUAUGUCUAUGCCUAUACAAAUUAUAUAUAAAGAUAGAAGCUCGAAUGUAAACUUUUCGUUUACAUUUACACUGAAACACGCAUACACCUUAGGAAUAUAUUUUGUUAUAAUUAGAGGGGCAACAGAUCCUAUUUUUGUUGCAAUUAGAUUUAGUUUAAUUUAACUUGAUCGUGCAUCUUAAUAACCCCUCGCCUUGGCUUGAGCGGCAUCUUGAAAGAAGGUAGGAGAAGCUGCCGAAACAUAGUCAAAAAAAAAUAUUCUGUCGUGGAUUAUCGACAUCGGAGGAUAAACCAUACGGAUUCAAAAUUGUUAUCAGGAUACCUGUGGCUUCGGAGAAGGCUGCUGAUGGUGAACACUUUUGUCGGGUCGUGAGUAACUCGUUAAUCCACCCAAACUCUUGAUUGUUUUUAUUGUGACAAGCAUAACGUUGAUGCUUUCAGCGACUGCUUGAUAAACGUCUGGGAGAAAAGUUUGAUGCAGUGUAUGCAGUGUAAUGCUUAAUUGAAAAGUUAGAACUUGGAGUUUGCAUGAAUCACGCUGUAUUUAAAGGCGUAGUAUAUUGUGUCCUUCAAGGUUAUAAUAAUGGCCACUAUUAUGGAUAGAUCUGCUGAAAUAUCACAUUAAAUACCUAAGAAAGGUCAGAAAGGCAAAUUAGGAGCGUGUACACGCAAAAUUAAAGAACUAAAAAGGAUUACGCAAAAAAGGAUCUCAAUACUGUGCAACAACAUUUAGUCUUUAAGAAUGUUCGUAAAGCUGUGAUAAAUGUAUUCCCCGAAAGGAAGGAAAAGGAAACAGACACAGCUGAAUGCUACAAACCUAGAAUUAAACCAUUUCAAGAAUUCCUAGAUGUGGUCAUGGAUUGGGAGGAAUCCAUGGCACCGCAAAGUAUAUUGGAUCAACAGGAGUUGCCUGCAGAGGAAAAUGAGGAGUCUGUUGAACCACUAGCUGCAUCAGAGCAGCAACAGGGUGAAUUGCAACCACCAGAGUUAGAUCUGCAAAACUUGUUCAAUCCAAAUGAUAGCAUUUCCAAUUUCAGUAAAUCCAAAUCAUCUUCAGUGACAUCUACACAUAGGAAGGCUCUUGCUGAGCAAGCUGCACUGUUGCCACGUAGGAGGCACAGAGAGUGAUCUUCGAUUCAAAGAUUGAACAAGCACAACUCGAAGCCGACAUUGCUGCAUAAGAUGCCAAGAUGAAAGUCCUGGAAAGCUUUGAUAUGCAGUCAGGAUUAUCUGCCUCUCAGUCUGAAGAUGGCAUGAACUUAUACUUAAAAAGCCAUAGAUCAUAUUGUCCCCCAUCAAGACAACGGCAGUCACCUGUGGAGUUUGCUAGAAUAUCUACACUUGCUAAAACACCACUGCAAACAAUCAUGCAACAUUCUAGACUUGCUACAGUUGUUACUACCACUAGGCAACCAGGUGCAAUCCAAAGUUCCCAGUCUCAACCCCAAAGCAGUCACAAUAGCAAAACCACCAAUUAAUUGAAAGCCCAAGCAGGAGGGAAUAUCUCUGAAAGUCAGGGCCAAAGGCCCAUUCCUACUGAGCUAAGUCCAGAGUAUGAUGGUCCGUCCUUACAUGAACACACAAACUGCAAAAACAGAUUUUUAAGAAAGUACAAAAGGCUGUUUUUCUAGAAAAUAUGUAAUUUUUGUAGUCCAAAAAUAAGAAGAAUCUUGCCAAGCAUUUUUCACAUAAGAAAAAUAAUCUUAUUUUGAGAAAAUAUAUCAAACUUUGUUAGAUGUUUGUCUAUAAACAAGACAAACAUGACAAUACAGUUUGACUUAUUUGGAAAAAGUUAUUAAACAGUUCUGUGUGCCACUAAAUUAAUUUCAUAACAUUUGACAGAGCACCAAAACGCUCAAAUAUGAUACCAAAGUGAGUUGCAGACGCAAAAUUAUUUCGUACAACCAACGAUUCCACAAACAAAACGGAAAUAUGGACUACGACUAUGAGCCGAAUUUAUAUAUUAUAGGUUAAUAAAAUUAUCUAUUUUAUUCACUUUAUUCACUCCCCUGCGUCCAAUGAGGUACCUGAGGUGGUCAUCUCGCUGGACGCAGAGAAAGCUUUUGACAGGGUUGAGUGGGAAUAUUUAUUCACGUGUUUAAGGAAAUUUGGGUAUGGUCCAAAUUUUAUCUCAUGGAUUAAACUUCUUUACAGCUCACCCAAGGCCUCUGUGGUUACAAACGGCAGGCAAUCACAGUACUUCACCCUGUCGAGAGCGACCCGUCAGGGAUGUCCAAUUAGUCCACUGUUAUUUGCCUUGGCCAUAGAGCCCUUAUCCAUCUCACUCAAAUCAUUGCCAUCAAUAAGUGGAAUUUUUAGAGGAGGAGAAGAGCAUAGACUAAGUUUAUAUGCCGAUGAUUUACUAUUAUUUGUCUCGGACCCUAUUCUUAGUGUACCUCAUAUCCUCCAUGCUCUGUUAAGAUUUGGUAAAUUCUCCGGGUAUAAACUGAACUUUAGUAAAAGUGAAUGCUACCCUGUUAACAACUUGGCUCUUCAAAUUCAGGAGAAUGUUUUACCGUUUAAAACAUCUAGAAACGGCUUUAAAUAUCUGGGCAUUAACAUAACUAGAGAUAUGAAAAACCUCUAUCGGGAAAAUUUUGCUCCUCUACUUGAUGAAGUCAAAUUAGAUCUAAAGAAAUGGAGAACACUCCACUUGUCCUAGGCAGGUAAAGUGAAUUGCAUCAAGAUGAGUGUGCUCCCCAAAUUCCUCUACCUGUUUCAAUGUAUCCCACUUUACCUUCCUAGGUCUUUCUUUAAAGGUAUUGAUAGCGCUUUUAUUUCUUUUAUUUGGAAUGGCAAGAACCCUAGGGUACGUUUAGAGCUUCUACAGAGGCCUAAAUUACAGGGAGGCCUAGCUCUUCCUAAUCUGUUCUACUACUACUGGGCUGCAAAUGUUCAAAAAAUAAUGUUUUGGCUUCAUACUCCAGAUACAGACUGGUGCCACUAUGAGGCUACAUCAUGCAUCUCUACAUCUCUCACGGCUCUGGUCACUUCCAGUCUCCCCGUUUCUGUGUCCCAGUUCACAAACAACCCAAUUGUCAUCAACACUUUGAAGAUCUGGUUUCAAUUGAGACGGUACUUUGGUUUCAAACAAAUUCUUAGCUUAAGCCCUAUAUGCAAUAACCACCUCUUCCCCCCAGCUAAAAUAGACGCUACAUUCUCUUUUUGGCGAAGACAAGGCAUUUCUAAAUUUAAAGAUAUGUACAUAAAUUGUGUAUUUGCCAGCUUUAACGACUUAUCACAAAAAUUUGGCCUUCCUCGAUCUAGCCUAUUUCGAUAUUUUCAAACACGCCACUUCCUUAUGAGCCAUGACCCCAACUUUCCAAUUCUCUCUUCAAUGUCUGGCUUAGAUGAUAUGCUAGAAUCCCCGUUUAAUUCAAAAAGGCUCAUUUCUAGAAUAUAUGAUUGUAUAGCUUCUCUUAAAACCAUAACCAUCGCAAAGAUAAGGGCGGACUGGGCAGAUGAAUUGGGGGAAGACAUGGAAGAUGACAUGUGGAACUGUGCUUUACAAAGAGUGAAUGACAGCACUUCUUGUGCAAAAUUAAAUAUAAUACAAUUUAAAGUUCUACACCGGACUCACUUUUCCAAAGCAAGAUUAGCUAAAAUACAUCCUAAUUCAGAUGCUAGUUGUAACAGAUGCCAUCACACCCCUGCCAACUUAACCCAUAUGUUUUGGUCAUGCCCUGCUCUGGUCACUUACUGGUCUAUGAUCUUUAAAACAAUAUCUGAGGCGCUCAAUACUGAUUUCCAACCGAAUGCAGCAGUAGCUAUAUUUGGCAUCACAGACCGAAGACAUUCUAUAGUAAGGAAAGGUUAUAAAAACAUUUUGGCCUUUGUGACUCUGCUUGCACGCAGAAGAAUAUUAUUACAUUGGAAAUCAAAAAAAAAAAAAAAAGCGUCUUUGUGGAUGUGUGACCUGAUGCACUUUAUACAAUCAGAGAAAAUUAAAUACUCACUUAGGGGGUCAAGGGACAAAUUCUACUCCACCUGGGAUCCGGUUUUGAAUUACAUAGGGAAACUCAAAACUAUACCUGACCUUAUUAUUAUUAUUAUUUUUUUUAUUAUAUUAUAUAUUUAUUUAUUUAUUUAU